ACAUGGUCCACUACAUCCACUGGUAGUGCAUUCGAAUGGGAGUGCCAGACAAUGAGCUUGCUUGGGGACUUACAGUUAUGACACCUGGCAAUGUUACUACCCAUGGUAGAGGCAUUCCAGAGUCUUUGGCAAAGCUUCGUCGAGAUGCCACUUGGUGGUUUCAAAAUUCCUCUGAGGACACCAGAAUCGUCAUUCUCAUCUCAAUAAAACAAGCCACCAAGGAAAUUAGGUUCGAGAAAUGGCAGCUUGUUCCUCCUAACGUUUCAAGACCUGUUACAUGGCAAGCAAUUGAUCAGCUACGCCAGCAACCCAGCCAGAUGACCCCCCUUUGCCCAGCAGCAGGCGAACGAACAAUUACAGGAGGACCUCUUGUGAUCCCUUUCAGAGCCAUGUUUGAUCGGCAGCCUACGGGAGCUGAAGGCGAUAUAUUUAUCAGCUACGAAGGCUUUCAGACAAUUACGCGUUUUGUUUAAGCGAGCCUUGGUACUUCCUGGUGAACCGAUCAUGCAUUCUGCUGUCUAUUUCUUUUAAUGUACUCAGCAUUUCGUACUGAGCAUAUCUAAUGAUUGCCAUCAUAGCCUUAUUCUUCUUCUAUUAAAGCAGCUCAGCCAUAUGUUAGCAGCAGUCUAACAGUCCACCUCCUUUUUCUCCGAAUGAGGAAUCCACUGUGCACCCUUUUAGUUAGCGACCCCUAUAUACCGACUCUCAACAGUAUAUCAGAAUAGUAAUCCCUACAUCGAACUAAACAUAAAGGAAGACAAUCUAGAUAUAGUCAAAUCCGACUGAGUAAGGCAGUGAUGCGCAGCGUGGAAAGGCCACGCUUCUAAGAUCAAAAGGCCACGCACAACCGUGGCCUUUCCACUGUCGCCCUGUAUCAGUGUACUGAAAGUCCCGAUCCCAUUGGAUGGUUGCCACAGAAAGGUGAAGAAAAAUGAACAAACUGA